AUGUCUUUGUCUCCAACGCCGAAUUGGUACCAAAGAAUCGUGUUGCUAAUCAAGAAGACGAUGAAGAAGCUGAAGAAGCCGUCUCCCCAGCAAUCAGAGAUGAUAUCAUCAACAGACAUGAUAUCAUCGCUCCCUGAUGAUUUGCUAAUAAGCUGCUUCGCAAUCCUCUCUAGAUUGUACUACCCGUCUCUCUCCCUCAGCUCCAAGAGAUUUCAAUCUCUCAUUGCUUCCCCUGAGCUUUACGAGACUCGUUCCCGCUUAGGCCUCACCGAGAGUUGCCUCUAUGUGUGCUUGCAAUUCCCUCCUGACUCCAACACUCGCUGGUACACUCUCUCCUGGAAACCUGACCACACCGGUAACAAUAAGGAGGAGGAGGAGGAGUCAAGUGGCAGGCUUCUGGUUCCAGUCUCAAUUCAAAACUCUGCUCCUUCCGAGUGGUCAACUCUCGUCGCCGUUGGUCCUUACAUCUACGCUAUCAGCGGAUCCAUUGAGGAAGCUCCUUUCUCAAACGUCCCAUUUCUUGACUGCCGAACUCGCACUUGGCUCGAAGCUCCGAGAUUGCGUGUUGCCCACCACACCAACAGCGAGUAUGUUGGCAAGAUGUAUUUACCCGGAAAGUGCGAGAAUCCAGAGUCUUUGAACGGCAUUGAAGUGUUCGACACAGAGACACAGACGUGGAAGCCCGUGCCGCCGGAGAGACGGGAGUUCAAGGACGAGACUAUGGAAGGGAAGAUUAUCGUGGAGAACGUAAACGAAACUCCUGGUGAGAAUGGUUUAGUUUAUAUUCCAAAGGCAAAGGCAAUAGAGUAUAUAGGAUCGUAUACUUGCUCAGAAAGGGAUUGCGACUGUAUCAUAGCAAACAUUGGCUACUUUUAUGCGUCAGAUACAGGGGAGAUUGAAUGGUCAGCCAAUACGGACGCUGGUUUCUUCAGUGGGAUAGUUCAAGGUAUAGCAAUAGAAGGGCUUCCAGAGUUUCCGGGUGAUGUUUUACUUGCGGAACACGGUGGAAAUCUGGUGGCUCUCUGGGAGGAGUUUGCAGGGGAAGAUGAGAAGAAUAUUUGGUGUGCAGAGGUUUCUCUGGAUAGGCGCAGCAAUGGACAGAUUUGGGGACACGUCAAGUGGUGUCAUGCGGUGCUCACAGUCCCGGAGGCGUACGAACUGGUGUAUGCACUGUCUGCUAUCGUUUGA